AUGUCGCGCAAGAAGGCGGCUCGCAGCAAGGGCGGCGGUGCCGCGCCCUCCGCCGCGCUGCCUCCCGCCGCGCAGGGCACCGGCCGAGCCGCCGCCGCACCCCGGGGCAGCUCCGCCGCCGCCGCCGCCGCCCCCGAGCUGCCCCGCAACGGCGGCGCGGCGGCUGCCGGGCGGCCCUCGCUGAGCAGCAGCGGGGAGUUCUACGACCUCGCCUUCAAGGUGAUGCUGGUGGGGGACUCGGGGGUUGGCAAGACCUGCCUGCUGGUGCGCUUCAAGGACGGCGCCUUCCUGGCCGGCAGCUUCAUCUCCACGGUGGGAAUCGACUUCAGGAACAAGGUGCUGACGGUGGAUGGAGUGAAGGUGAAGCUGCAGAUCUGGGACACAGCCGGGCAGGAGCGUUUCCGCAGUGUCACCCACGCCUACUACCGGGAUGCUCACGCCCUGCUCCUGCUCUACGAUGUCACCAACAAAGCAUCCUUUGACAACAUCCAGGCUUGGCUGACAGAGAUCCAUGAAUACGCACAGCGGGAUGUGGUCCUCAUGUUACUGGGAAACAAGGUGGAUUCAGCCCAGGACAGAGUGGUGAAAAGGGAAGAUGGAGAGAAGCUUGCCAAGGAGUACGGAGUGCCCUUCAUGGAGACCAGUGCCAAGAGCGGCCUCAACGUGGAAUUAGCAUUCACAGCCAUCGCCAAGGAGCUGAAGCACAGGUCCAUGAAGCUGCCCAACGAGCCCAAAUUCAAGCUCCACGACUACGUGAAGAAGGAAGUGAGAGGCUCGGGCUGCUGCAGGUCCUAACGUGUGUUUGUACAGAGACUCAGGCUCGUGGGCAGUGUGUGCAUGUCUGUCUGUCGUGUCUGUGUCUGCCCCCAAGGCCAGCUGAGACCAGGGCACAGGAGCAGCAGGAAAAGUUAUCUCGGAUUCCGCAGCCCUGUCGCAUCCAUCGGCUCCAGCUCCCCUCACCAGCAUUCCUGCCCUGCUCACAGGUGGGAGGAGGGUGUUUGGGAAAGGGCUGGGGUCUCCUUCUGUGCCUGCUCUGUGAGGCUGCUGUAACCUUUGUGAGAGCCAGGGUGUGAUGCAGGGGAACCAACACCUUCUCCCCACCUAGGAGGAAAAAAAGUCCUGAUUUUUUUCUGGGUAGGAGAACGUCCUGAAUUCCCUUUUCUUUCCCUGUGUACCUGGACUUCAGCUGAGAGCCCUGGCGUGGGGUGUGCAGGAAGGAUGUGUUUGAAGGCAGCCAUGCUUGUAGGUGCUUUCUCCUGUCUGUCCAUCCCUGUGAGGUGGGAUUCCACAGUGAGGGAUUCUCCUGCUCCCUGUGAAGGCAGAAUUUGGCUGUCCGAGUGAGCUCCUGCACACCUGGCUGUGUACAGAGAUUUCUGAAUGUUCAUCCCUUUGGGAAAGGCUCUGCUUCUCCUCCUUCCGCCCUUUCUAGUACUUUGAGAAGAAACCUAAUGUAUCGCAGCUUAUUCUAAAUACCUUCCUGUAAGUGUGAUGGUGUUUUCAGACUGCAACAACGCUUUGAUAUCUUCAAAGUUCUCUUGGGCAGCUCUUUCUUUUCAUCGCAGAGAGCUGGGGGGAAGCUGCAGGCAGUGAUUUUACAGGCUGCAGACUCCUGCCAGCUCUCUUCAAGGGCCUCCUCACCCCUUUGGUCUGUGUCAGGCUUUUGGCUGGUUUUUUGUCAAGCUGCACUUCUCAGUACAAAUUUGAAUCUGGAUGAAGUGUUUGGCCUUUGGCAAUUUUUCCCUUUGAAAACUCCACGCACACAUCAGCAGGUGCCCGCUGCGCCGAGCCUCGGUGGCUCCUCCAAACGGAACAGAAUAACCCAUCCUUUGCCCUCCAGCCAGCACCAGCCCCCCCAGCUGCUGACUCAGAUACCCCUGCCCCUCGUUAUUUUUCCUGGGAUUUUGGCUCCAGCACUGCCUUCCUGAUGGGCACAAGGAGCCUCUGCAGCUCCCACAUACUGCGAGCUCCACUCCUCAGGGAGCUACAGCAAGACGAGUAGCUACAGCUUCACAGGGUGAAAAAGGAUCUUAAAAUGAACCACCUUUUUCCCUAAAUAGUACUUUAGGGGAGAGACAAGUCUUAAAAUUGUCUGAUUUAAAUCUUAAACCCACCUGUGGAAAACCCAUUUGUGCAGGAAUGUUUGCAUUCCUGGCAAACCCUGCUGCCAGUCAUGCAGGAGCAGUCAGGUGAGCUGUCAUGGGGGGGCUGUCAGGGCCCCCUCAGCCCAGUAAUUUGGUUUUGGGUGGGGCAGGACCAGCCUGGCAGCUCCACAUCCUGACCUUGGAGCAGCAGCAGUCCCAUCCUGAGGCGACAAGGAGUCUUCCUAAUGGAUUAAGAUUCCUGAUGUCAGGUCGCUACCUUCCCUCUCCCUCAGACUAGCAUCUGGGUUACAAAGCUGACAGCUGCUCACUUCUUGCUCAGUGUGGGUCUAAAACCAACUAAAACCCCCUUAAAAUGAGGAAGAUGUAAAUGUUUCCCUUUGGAGCACUUCCAGCUGCCUGUGGGGAACAGACUCAUCACAGCCCUGGUUGUGGUUUAGACCUAAACUUGGAGCAGGCUCAGCCGCUCUCCCAGUCAGCAGUUCCCAGUGUGGGACUGGUUUCCCAGCGCUCCUCACAUCCCUUUGGGAUUUUCCACGGGCCUCUGCUGCCACCACGCGGGAACUGCUCAGCGCAGCGUUAAUUAUUCCUGUUAAUUGCUCAGAGCACCCAGCCACGUGCGAGGACUCGGCCUCACCUGCAACAUCCCAUUUCUGCUGGCUCUUGUUUACAGCUUUUGGUUCA